ACGCAGGUCACCGGCGCCAUAAUCCCGCCGCUGGCUUUCGCCUCCUCACCCCCCAUUAACCUCCAUAAUCAUCAGCUUCAACAACAGCCUUCAUGAACUCACUCUAAAAAACUUCGCCUCGCCCUCUGGAAUCCGUCUCCCUUUGAAAACUAGCUAUGGCGGUUGAAGGCAGUAAGGAGCAGUCGCACAAGUCGCACAGGAAGCGGCAGUCUGGCUCCUCAGCUAAGAAGAAAUCGAAGUCCAUUGACGAAAGUCAAAAACAAAAAAAUCCUAAGGCGUUUGCAUUCACUUCAACAGUAAAAGCCAAGCGGCUGCAAUCCCGAGCUACCGAGAAGGAGCAGCGGAGGCUUCAUGUCCCGACAAUUGACCGCUCCACCGGGGAGCCAGCUCCCUUUGUUGUUGUAGUCCAGGGACCGCCCAAGGUCGGAAAAUCGCUGCUUAUAAAGACUCUUGUCAAGCACUACACAAAGCAUAAUUUACCUGAAGUUCGUGGUCCUAUUACUAUUGUAUCAGGAAAGCAAAGGCGUUUGCAGUUUGUGGAGUGCCCAAAUGAUAUCAAUGGCAUGAUUGAUGUUGCAAAGUUUGCUGAUUUAGCAUUGCUUCUCAUUGAUGGAAGCUAUGGAUUUGAAAUGGAAACUUUUGAGUUCCUUAAUAUAUUGCAAAAUCAUGGGUUCCCUAAAGUUAUGGGUGUUCUCACUCACUUGGACAAAUUCAAAGAUGUGAAGAAACUUAAGAAAACAAAGCAAAGAUUAAAGCAUCGAUUCUGGACAGAGAUAUACGAUGGAGCUAAAUUGUUCUAUUUAUCUGGUCUUAUUCAUGGAAAGUAUGCCAAACGUGAAGUACAUAACCUUGCAAGGUUUAUUUCUGUUAUGAAGUUUCCUCCACUGUCAUGGCGAAUGUCCCAUCCUUACAUCAUGGUAGACCGUUUUGAAGAUGUAACUCCUCCGGAAAAAGUGGAAAUGAAUAAUAAGUGCGACAGGAAUGUUACUUUGUAUGGAUAUUUACGUGGUUGUAAUCUGAAGAAGGGAGCAAAGGUGCAUAUUGCUGGGGUUGGUGAUUUCAAUUUGGCUGGUGUUACAGCUCUAGCCGAUCCAUGCCCACUACCAUCAGCAGCUAAGAAGAAGGGCUUAAGGGACAAGGAAAAGUUGUUUUAUGCACCUAUGUCUGGACUUGGAGACCUUCUUUAUGAUAAGGAUGCUGUGUACAUUAACAUAAAUGAUCACUUUGUUCAGUUCUCUAAAGCAGAUGAUGCAAAUGCUGAGAAGAACCAUGAUGUUGGGGAGGUUUUAGUUAAAUCACUUCAGAAUACUAAAUAUUCAAUUGAUGAGAAGUUGGAACAGAGUUUUAUCUCUCUCUUUGGCAAAAAGCCCAACACAUCAUCAGUGUCCCAGUUGGAAGCUAAAGAUUUACCAGACCAAGAAACUGAUAUUGAUAACAUGGAUGACUCAGAGUCUUCAGAUGGGGAGAGAGAUCACUCUGAUGAUGUUUCUGAUGAAGAAAAUGAUAUUAGGUCAGAGCAAGGGACCACAUCUAAUAAUGGUUUUAGAGAGCAAGUCGAUUUCCAUGAUGGAAGGAUGAGGAGAAAAGCUAUCUUUGACAAUGACAAUGACCUUGAUGAUGCGGAGGAUAAUGAUGAAGAUAGUGAAGAACUAGAUGAAGAGGUGGAAGGUGAUGAUUCAGAUAAUUCUGAUGAGGAAGAAGAAUCUGAACCUGAUGUAGCUGCUGAAAACUCAUCAGAACAUAGAGAUGGAGUUGAGUUAGGAAAUGCUUCAAGAUGGAAAGAGUCAUUAGCAGAACGGGCUCAUUCAAGGCAGAGUCUUAAUCUUAUGCAACUUGUAUAUGGGAAAGCUGCAUCAAAGUCAACAACUGCUUCUGAGAUGGAACAGAUUAGUGAAGAUGAUGAAAGUGACGAUGAUGAAUUCUUCAAGCCAAAAGGGGAAGGAAAGAAGAAAGGAAAAGAUGUCUUAUAUGAUGAUAAUCAAGAUGCUGAGGACUGCUCUAAAUUCCUCAGCCAUGCAAGUGAAAAAAACUGGAAGGAUGAAAAUUUGAUUGAGGGCAUUCGCAAUCGUUUUGUCACUAAAGGUUGGUCGAAGGCCACUGCUGCAGGUGUAUCCACGGAUGCUGUUAGUGAUGACAAUGAUGGUGAUGGUGAUGAUGAUGAUGUAUUUGGUGAUUUUGAAGACUUGGAAACAGGGCAAAAAUAUCAGAGCCAACAGAGAAAUGAUGCUUCUGCUAAAAGUGAUGAAGCUUUGGCAGCUGAGGAACGAAAGCUCAAAAAGUUGGCUCUUCGUGCCAAAUUUGAUGCUCAAUAUAAUGAUUCGGAAUCUGCUGAUGAGGGCAAUGAUAAUAAACCUGGCGCUGACUCUCGAGGUCAAGCCAGUGGAAGUGGAUACUUUGAUAAGUUGAAGGAUGAGAUUGAACUUCGCAAACAACAAAAUUUAGCUGAACUUAAUGAACUUGAUGAUGCCACACGGAUAGAAAUAGAAGGUUUCAGAACAGGGAUGUAUGUUAGGCUUGAAGUCCAUGAUGUUCCCUUUGAGAUGGUUGAAUAUUUCGAUCCUUGUCAUCCAGUUCUAGUUGGAGGGCUUGCUCUUGGUGAAGAAAAUGUUGGAUACAUGCAGGUCCGAUUAAAGAGGCACCGAUGGCACAAGAAAGUACUGAAGACUAGAGAUCCAAUUAUUGUUUCUAUUGGAUGGAGGCGUUACCAAACUACUCCAAUUUAUGCUAUUGAGGACCUUAAUGGUCGCUACCGGAUGCUUAAGUACACACCUGAACAUAUGCAUUGCCUUGCCAUGUUUUGGGGUCCUCUGGCACCACCACGCACUGGAAUGAUUGCUGUCCAGAAUUUAUCAAAUAAUCAGGCAGAAUUCAGGAUUACAGCAACUGCAACUGUGCUAGAGUUCAAUCAUGCUGCACGUAUAGUGAAAAAGAUUAAGCUAGUUGGUCACCCAUGUAAAAUCUUCAAGAAGACUGCUCUUAUUAAGGAUAUGUUCACUUCAGAUCUUGAAAUAGCCAGGUUUGAAGGUGCCGCUAUUCGAACUGUUAGUGGAAUCCGUGGGCAGGUGAAAAAGGCUGCUGGAGAAGAGAUUGGUAACCAGGCCAAGAAGAAGGGCGGACUUGCCAAAGAAGGCAUCGCUAGGUGCACAUUUGAAGAUAGGAUUCUGAUGAGUGACAUUGUUUUCUUGCGUGCUUGGACUCAAGUUGAAGUUCCUCAGUUUUACAAUCCAUUGACUACUGCAUUGCAGCCACGUGGUAAGACCUGGCAAGGAAUGAAAACAGUUUCCGAGUUAAGGAGAGAACAUAAUGUGCCUGUUCCAGUGAACAAGGACUCGUUGUAUAAGGCAAUCGAAAGAAAACCAAGAAAGUUCAAUCCCUUGGUUAUUCCCAAGUCAUUGCAAGCAGCUCUCCCCUUCUCCUCAAAACCAAAGGAUACUCCAUCUCGGAGGAGGCCUACUCUGGAAAAUAGGAGGGCAGUUGUGAUGGAACCUAAUGAGAAGAAACUGCAACGUGUUCUUCAACAUCUCCGGCUUAUUAGGAGUGAGAAGGUUAAAAAGCGUAAACUCAAAGACCAAGAAAGGAAGAAAGCAGCUGAAGCGGAGAAGGCCAAGGAAGAACUAGUGUCGAAGAAGCGGCAGAGAGAAGAACGUCGAGAUAGGUAUCGUGUGCAGGACAAACUGAAGAAGAGAAGUCGCAGAGAUUAAUUUUCUUUUUAAUACUAUUUUCUGGCUGAGUUGUUAAUUCAAAAACUGAAGGGAAAAGAGGCAGGGAGAGUGAGAGAGGCUGAGAGCUUCACUCUGAGAUUUUGGGGAGAGGAGAGGAGAGAAUAUGAUGGAAGAGAAUUCUUUAAUUGUAUGCAUUUUUUGGGUAUAAUAUCGGAAAACAAAUAUCAGUUGUUAGUUCUAAGUUGCUGAACACUACAAAUUAAAUCCACUGUACAAUAUAAUGCUACUGCGCUCUUUAUUCACCAUUU